AGAACAUGUGUGGAAUUUCUAUCUUCAUUGGUCUGUGAUAUUACUGCAUGCCAUCUCUGUUUGACUUAAUUUAGAAUUUAAUAGUAGAUUGAAUUUAUCUUGUGAAUUGUUUAAUUUACACAUCAUGUAUGCAUGUCCAAACUGCCUUCUGUACAGAAAAGCAUUAGUUAUAAACUUCGUAGUUCAAUAAGUUUACCAUUGUUAAAGUAGAGAGUAGAAGGUCACAUUACUGACUCGAUCAGGCUAGCACGUUUUUUUUCUUAAACCUAUUGGUAGGAUAUAUAUGUCUGCUCGGAGAGGGAGAGGUCACAUAAGUUUGAAGCCCUAAGUGUUGGCAGGGUAUUUUUCAUAGCUCCUUCCUAAUAUACAAUAUACCUGUGUCUGUAGUUACAGCUAUCCUUAUCAUUGUGAGAAGUAUUCACUGUGUGUACUUAAACUUUUUGCUUUACUGCUUAGGAAUUUUAUCAAAUGAGCAUCUUUAGUUGAAGGGGACCGGUUAACGGUAUAAUUUUUUAAGGCCCAAUCGGGAAAAUGAAGACAAAUGUUUAAAUCCUUCUUUGUUCUGAUUAACCAGAUUAAGGUGUCGGCGGGCAAAAGUUUUAUAUAAAUGUAUAGUGCAAGUCCCUACACCCCACUUCCCAGGAACGGUGCACCGUAAUAUUAAUCAUUAGAGGUAUUAUCUGUUAAAAAAAAUUUUUUUUUUAAAUUUCACCACAAUUUCUGGAUGAUCAAAGAGAGUUAUUAGUGAUACAGAUCCUCUGGACCUGAUCGUCUUUAGUUUCUAACAGGUUCAUUAGGUACCCACUGUGACGUUGAUGAUGUAAUAGAGCCUUAUCUCGGGGAGAGGGGGAAUGGGGAGGUCAGGAGAACCCAGACAUUUACUGCUGGUGACUGAUAAGCUACAGGCAUUCGUGGUUUACAAGUUCUACAUAUAAUCAGGACAAUCUUGAGUGACAACCUUGUGUGACGUGAGACAAUCUUUGUGAGAGUGUCAAUGGAGAGUGUAUUUGAUGUGGUGAUUAUAGGAGGGGGUGUAGUAGGCUGUUCCCAGGUGUUCACACUAACUAGACUGGGAUACAGAUGUCUGCUUUUGGAGAAGGAGGCCCAUCUUGUGUCCAUGGCUAGCUCAGGAAACAGUGGGAUGCUACACACAGGUUUUGAUGCUCCAUUGGGCAGUAUAGAGCUCGCCUGUAUACUAAAAUGUCAACAACAGAUCCUACCUGUCCUUAAGUCCCUAGGACUUCCAUACUCCAAGAUUGGAGCAACUAUGGUGGCAUGGAAUAGCCAACAGAAAGAAAAACUCCCUCAAGUAAUGAGGAAGGCAAAAGAUGCUAACAUGGAUGAUGUUUUGGAGUUAUCUCUAUCACAGCUCUACCAGAGGGAGCCACAUUUGGCACAUGGAGCUACUGCUGCCCUCUGGAUACCAAGGGAGGCAGUUAUUGAUCCCUGGCUGACCCCCAUCAGUUUUGCACACCAUGCAAAAUCAUUAGGUGCUAAGGUGUUGACCAGUACAAUGGUACAGGGCUGUGAACAGGAUUCCCAGGGGAUCUGGCGAGUCACCACUGAUAGGGGCAUAUUUAGGGGGAAUGUGGUCAUCAACAGUGCAGGUCUGUAUGGAGAUGUGGUGGACAAACUAGCAGGAGUUCAGAAAUUCAGGAUAAUGCCAAGAUUGGGUCAGUACCUAGUCUAUGGCAAAGAGACAAAGUCCCUCAUCAACAGCAGUAUUCUUCCGAUUCCAACUGAAAAAACCAAAGGAGUUAUCAUCUUCAAGUCAGUUUAUGACAAUGUUAUCAUCGGCCCUACACAAGAGGAGACCGAGAAACGUACCACUCCAGUUUGUCUCUCUCAGCAGACAGUGAACACUCUUCUGGACCAUGGACGAGUCUCUGUUCCUUCUCUCCAGUCACAUCCUGUAGUACAUACUUACUCUGGUACACGCCCUGCUACAGACACUAAGGACUACCAUGUGAUCCCCCACAUUGACAGGAACUGGUUGACCCUGGGAGGUAUACGCUCGACAGGAUUGUCCUCCUGUCUGGGAGUUGCGGACAUGGUCGGCAAAAUAAUGAAGGAAAAGUUCUGCCUGGAACCUUCCAACAGUCCCAACAUGCACCUCCCUACUGUAGAUAUCAGCUUUACAAACCACCGUACAGCAAUGCUGGGAUCAGAGGAAUAUACAGUCACACAUCCAAUCACAUACACAGGAAAAUUUGACAGGAAAGCGUGGGCAAACUUGUAAUGGAACUUCAAUCAUGUGAAGUUUUAUGGGGAAAUCUGGGUCAAGUUGUGAUGGAACUACAUGUUAAGUUGGACAGGAAAAAAUUUCAGGUACAUUGUAACUUGUAAUGGAACUGCAUGUGAUGUACAUUGUUUUACCAUUAAAUCUGGGUCAAGUUGUGAUAGAAUCACAAAAACAUGUUCAAAUUCAUCACCACCAACAUUAAGCAUUAUUGUUGCUGAAUUGUUCAGUUCAGCAGAAAUACCAACACAUGAUUAAUAAGAGCACCCUCUCAAGUCAGAGAUCUAGAUUAUGUAUUACUGUAGGCCCUGUGCCUUCCUAGGAUAAAAUCAGUACAUGUUUUUGCUUGCCUAUGGAUUCUAAGACAAUGAAUUUGGCAUGGAGAUUCCUUGAGUGCCAAACAUUUAUCUAAACAAAAAUGACUUUUUUUUUAAAUCCUUCCACUUGUUUUGGUCUUCACUAUUUUGUCACUAUUCUUGGACGAGAUCUUAGUAAACAAUUUGUUACAUUUGUAUACACUGAUGUUCAGUAAAUAAAAAUAUAUAAAACAUCCAA